CUUUCGGUCCGAAAAAUGAAAUUGGUGGACGUCAAUCAAAUGAAUUGCUAUGGUUACGCGCUUUCACGCUCGCGCACAUUUCGCGCCAAGACUUUUUCUUGUUUGUCGACUGCUGACUCGUGGAAGAAUACAUAAAAGAACCUGAAGAGUUCGUAAGCCUACAUAUAGUUUUGCCUACCUAUAUUUUUACAAUGUAAAAGAUGGUCAAACCGACACCUGAUGCACUGAGAUGGAGAAUUGUUAUGCUAAGAAGGAGAGGGAUGAUGCAUCAAAGCAUUGCUGACACGCUCUGUGUUUCUSAACGACAUGUGAGAAAAGUCAAUAAGCUUUACGAAAAUACUUUAGAGGUGAAGGAUCCUCCAAGAAGAAAGUCAAAGGAACGAUUAUUAUCAGCUGCAGAAUUGCUUAUCCUUAGACGUAUUGUUGAUCAAAAUCCAGAACUGUUCCUCGAUGAAAUACAACAGUGGUUUGAGCAUUCGACUGGAACAAGACUGCACAUAUCGACGAUUGACAGAUACUUGAAUAAAAUGGGGAUCACUUGGAAAAAGAUGCAAAUUAUUGCACGUCAACGUAAUGAACUCCAGCGUGCUGCCUACAGAAGGCUUGUCUCUCAAUUCCGUGUUGAGCAGUUUCUAUUCCUUGAUGAAUCAGCCAAAGAUGACAGAACUGUUCAGCGGAAGUUUGCUCRUUCCCUUGGGGGGACUCGUGUUUCAAGAAAGGGCAACUUCACACGUGGUUCAAGAUUCAGUGUUCUGGGUGCUGUAUCCAUACAUGGAGUACAGGCUGCACAUGCAAUUKUUGGAGCCUUYGAUAAGACUAAUUUUGARUUUACCAUAGAARCAUUUGUAGCUCCCUUAGUGGGUUCUUUUGCAAAUGGUGAYGAUUGCUCUAUUGUAAUCCUGGAUAACUGUCCCAUCCACCGUUCUCAGRAAUUCCUGAGAAUGAUCAGAUCCAAAGGAGGAAUUGUGUUGUUUUUACCCCCCUAUUCACCUGAUAUGAAUCCUAUUGAAGAGUGCUUUAGUCAUGCCAAGGCUUGGCUUCGGAGGCAUCAAGAUAUUGUUGACAAAUAUCCUCAAAGGUGUUUUGAAAUAGCCUUACACAAUAUUCAAGACUGUGCAGCUACAUUUAUGGACUGUGGUUACAUUUKACAUGCAAUACCRUCWCUGUAGUYGCAGCUUCAAGAAUUAUAUCUUGUUUGAAUAGUACUGAACUGUUGAAUUAUUAUUGUUUAUUAAUUUUAUUGUACAUAAUAGUAUUGUAAACAAAGGAUGAAAUACUGAAUAACCCAACAGUAUAAGUCAAUUAAACAGUCACUUUUAAGUUGGUUGAUAAUCCACAGAGUGGUCUAAUGUGGUCAGUGGAUGUGGUAUUUUCAAAUUAUUAAAAAAAAACUUCACAAAGUGAUAAACAAAAUUCUUGAAUUUUACCAAUGUAAUGAUUGCACAGUUUUUAAACUUAAAUAUAUAUAAACAUUUUUUUCACCAUUUAUUUUGUAUGUGAACUCCUGAAAAUCUGUAUCUUUCAGUACUGAUAACAAGUAAAGCAACAAAACCUAAAUCUUUUGAGAUAUGCUAGAUUGUUUAUUUCCUUAAUCUGUCAGUGUGCUUGUGGUGUGGGACUUGUUGUAACCAUCUGCCUUUAACCUGUGCACUUCAGCAAAGAGUAUGUGYCGUUCCCUUUCCUCUUCUAUACCAAGGGAUAGCAUGAUUUGUUGCCCUAAGUGUGGAUGGAUAAGGGCCUCUAACAUAGGGCCAUCCACUUGCAUUUUUCUGAAUUGAUUGGAAUGAUUWUCAAGGCCAAUCAACUUCAGUGCAGCUAUGCAGUCAUCUGUACUCAUUUGACUAAGUGCUGUAUGAAUAUAGGAGUUGAAAUUAGCAUGUCAUCAUGUAUACUAGUAUAUUGACACAAACAAUAAUUAUUAUCAUUGAUAAUUGCUAUUGAUUCUACCUUUGCUUUCACUGAUAUUUGGUUGACGUAAUCCAGGCUGUGACAUCUGCCAAUUUGUCUACAAUUUUAAGUACAAAAAGAAUAAUUUAUUGAUAGAUGCAUAUAAUAAUAAUAAAUACUUUUCUA